AUGUCUAAGAUAUCGUCAAGAGGGUGGUGCUACGCGCGGUGCGGACCGAUCGGCAGUGUUUUAAAGCAAACUACCUUUGACGUUGUAGCAAAAAAGGAUGAUGUUGUGGUAGAAAUGCUGCAGGCGCCGUUGCACCGGAGCGAUGCUGCUGUGGUAAACGGAACAGCGUUGGGCCGUAAGCGGCUGGCGCUCUCUGGCUUUCCGAGAGUGGGCGGCUCAGAGGGCGUCGGGAAAGUUGUUGCUCGGGGUAUCUCAAAAACAAUCAAGGAGGGGGAUACAGUGUGGGUGGCGCCGGUACACGGGACGUGGGCGACGCGGGUUGCGGUGGAUCAUAACAUGGUCCACAAGAUCGACCCAAAGCAUAUCCCUAUUGCGGUGAAUGCGUCUAAUUACAUAGUUGCGCAACACCUCCUCAAUGGCUACACAGCUUUGCGGAAGGGACAGAUUGUCGUUCAGAAUGGCGGCAGCAGUGUGACCUCACUUGCCGUUGCUGCAUUGGCGAAAUCGCACGGUGUGAAAGUUUUGACGGCUUGUACUCCCGGUCAGCGCUUUAAUGCUGCCAAGGAGCGCCACGCGAAGUAUGGCAGCGAGGNACGGUGUGAAAGUUUUGACGGCUUGUACUCCCGGUCAGCGCUUUAA